GGUGAGAGAGCAGGAUCCAUCCGUCGCCAUUACUGCUUGGAGUGUGAGGGGAGGGAGCGGGUUUCGGAUUACACCCACAUCGAAUUAUACGAGGAAAAAACAUCAAAAACGCCACUUUUGGAUUGUAAAAGGUUUUAUCUACGUUUUUCGCAUCGGGGGAAACUGAAAACUAUCUACGUUUGCUCCAGUGUCGAAUGCAGGAGAUUAUUUUGGGAAGAAGGCGCAGGAAUGCUCGCUUCUUUUCCGUGUUGUCGCGAGCAGGGAGCGACCAUGUUCCUAGGUAGGUAAUAGGAGGGGGAGAAGCACCUAUCCCAAACUGAAGAUCGUGGAGAGAGGGGACCAGUCACUUCACUGAACCAUGGGCACGUACCUUCUAUAGCUCCCCUCAGGACAUGGGACUGGAACUCUAGCUGUGAACUUUUCAUGUGACAAGGCAAUGACCGGGGGAAUAUAAUGGCUAAGAAUAAGGAACCCCGUCUACCAAUGUAUGCCGUAAGCGUUGUUGGGCUUUCAGGGACUGAAAAAGAGAAGGGUAACUGUGGUGUGGGCAAGUCAUGCUUGUGUAACAGGUAUGUGCGUCCCAAGGCAGAUGACUACUAUCCUGAACACACCUCGGUACUGAGCACAAUAGAUUUUGGUGGCCGUGUUGUAAACAAUGACCAUUUCUUAUAUUGGGGUGAAGUGUCACAUCGUGGUGAUGAUGGCCUUGACUGCAAAAUUCAGGUCGUUGAACAGACUGAGUUUAUUGAUGAUCAGACAUUUUUGCCGCAUCGCAGCACAAACCUGCAGCCCUAUACCAAGCGGGCUGCAGCCUCUAAGCUGCAGUCAGCAGAAAAAUUGAUGUACAUUUGCACUGAUCAAUUGGGCUUGGAGCAGGAUUUUGAUCAGAAGCAGAUGCCUGAUGGCAGGCUGAACAUUGAUGGUUUUGUUCUUUGCAUAGAUGUGAGUAAAGGCUGUAAUAGAAAAUUUGAUGAUCAAAUGAAAAUAGUCAAUAGCUUAUACUCUCAAUUGGCAAAGUCAAAAAAACCCAUUGUAAUUGCUGCAACAAAGUGUGAUGAGUGUGUGGAGCAGUACCUAAGGGACAUCCAGACCUUCGCAUCCCAUAAGAAGAACUUGAUAGUGGUUGAGACAUCGGCAAGGGCCUGUGUAAAUGUAGAUCUCUGCUUUCAAGCAUUGAUACAACAGAUAGACAAAACAAGAGGCAAACCGAAAAUUAUGCCUUAUUUGGAUGCUUACAAGAUCCAAAGACAGCUAGUUGCUACCGUGACCGAUAAGUUUGAGAAGUUGAUUGUACAGACUGUCAAAGAUUAUCACACGAGCUGGAAAGCUAUAAGUAAUAAAUUAAAAAAUCAUCCAGACUAUGAGGAAUACAUACAUUUGGAAGGUACUCGAAAAGCUAAAAACACUUUUUCAAAGCACAUUGAACAGCUGAAACAGGAACAUAUCAAGAAAAGACGAGAUGAUUAUUUUUCAAGCCUGCCUAAAAUUCUUAAUAACUUGCUCAGUAAGUUGGAGGAAAUUGAGAAACUGAGCUGGACGGAAGCUCAAAGUCUUCUGAAGAGUAGAUCGGAGUUUCAGUAUUGGUUUGUAGUACUAGAACACACUCCCUGGGAUGAGACUGAGCACAUUGACAAAACAAAUGACAGAAGAGUGCCCUUUGAUCUUCUAACAACUGCAGAAGGGGAAAAGAUUUAUCAAAAUCAUGUCCAGCAUUUGAUAUCUGAAAAAAGACGGGGGGAGAUGAAGGAGAAGUUCAAGAAGACUCUGGAACGCGUACAGUUUAUCAGUCCAGGACAGCCCUGGGAAGAGGUGAUGUGUUUUGUCAUGGAGGAUGAAGCCUACAAGUAUAUCAGUGAAUCUGACCGCAGGGAUGUUUAUAGCCGGCACCAACGAGAAAUAGUUGAACGAGCCAAAGAGGAAUUUCAGGAAAUGCUUUUUGAACAUGCAGAGUUGUUUUAUGACUUGGAUCUAAAUGCUACUCCAAGUUGUGAUAAAAUGAGUGAGAUUCAUACAGUACUCAAUGAAGAGCCCAGAUACAGGGCCUUGCAGAAACUUGCACCUGAUAGGGAGUCCCUUCUGCUCAAGCACAUCGGUUUUGUGUAUCACCCCACUAAAGAGACUUGUCUCAGUGGCCAGAGUUGUGUGGAUAUGAAGGUAGAGCAGAUCCUGUCAAACAGUCUUGUUCAACUGGAUCAUGGUCGUUCUAAUCUCUACCAUAAUAGUGCCAACAUUGAUAAAAUAAAUCUGUGUCUCAUAGGUAGAGAGGGCCUUGCACAAGAGCUGGCAAAUGAGAUCAGAGCACAGUCCACAGAUGAUGAGUAUACCCUUGAUGGAAAAAUAUACGAGCUGGAACUUCUUCCAAUUGAAGUUAGUCCAGCAUUGUUACUGAGUCAUUCUUGGCCAUCAGCCUUUAAACCUCACGGUUGUUUUUGUGUCUUCAGUUCAAUAGAGUCAUUAAAUUUCAUUGGUGACUGUGUUGGAAGAAUUCGAGCAGAGUUUGCACAAAGCAGAAGGGAUAGAUUUUUGCCACCAUUGCCGUUUAUUUUAAUUCUAGCUAACCAGAGAGACGGUGUUUGCAAAAAUAUACCUAUCUUGAGACAUCAGGGCCAACAACUUGCCAAUAAACUACAGUGUACUUUUGUAGAUCUACCUUCUGGGACCUUUCCUCGAAAAUUUAAUGAAUUUCAAAUUAAACAGGCUCUUAGGGGAGUACUAGAAGGGCUAAAGCACAACUUCGAUGUAAUGAGCCCACUUCCUUCCAUCAAAGACUUAUCUGAGACUGACUUGCGCAUUGUCAUGUGUGCUAUGUGUGGUGAUCCAUUCAGUGUGGACCUCAUUCUUUCACCUUUUCUUGAGUCACAUUCCUGUAGUGCUGGCCAGCCUGGCCAAAGCAACACAUUAAUCCUUGAUAAAAUUAUUGGAGACAGUCGCAAGCGGAUACAGAUUACUGUGCUGUCAUACCACUCCUCCAUUGGGAUCAGAAAAGAUGAGCUUGUCCAUGGCUAUAUUCUGGUUUACUCAGCAAAGCGCAAGGCAUCCAUGGCUAUGUUAAGGGCUUUUUUGGCAGAAGUCCAAGAUGUCAUUCCUGUACAAAUGGUGGCUAUCACUGACAGCCAGGCUGAUUUUUUUGAGAAUGAGGCCAUCAAAGAACUGAUGACAGAGGGGGAGCAUAUUGCCACAGAAAUCACGGCUAAGUUUACAGCACUCUAUUCGCUCUCCCAGUACCACCGUCAGACAGAAGUCUUUACACCAUUUUUCAAUGAAGUGCUAGAAAAGAAGAACUGCAUAGAGAGCUCAUUUAUGCUUGACAUUAGCAGAGAUGGUGCUAGUGAGGGUGUUUUUCCUCAGUCACCACAUGGGCAUUCACCUGCCUACAUCUACCCUGAUUCAGAGGAUGACGCAGAGGCACCCCCACCAUACAGUCCCAUUGGUGACGAUGUCCAGCUGCUGCCAACUCCCAGUGAGCGCAAAUGCAGAAUUGACAUGGAAGGGAAUGAGUACCAUGUCCUUAACAUGCCUGUCAUUGAUGAGCGCAAUCACAAAGUGCCUCCCCCGGUCAAACCAAAGCCGGUUCUACCCAAACAUGUAAGGAAACUGGACCCAAAUCUCCUAAAAACUAUUGAGGCAGGCAUGAGGAGCACCCGGAGGAAUCGAACCGGUCUUGGGGAUGAUCUUGAGGCCUCUGACAACUAUGCUGAGCCCGUGGACACGCUUCUGAAAUCCAAGGGCUUUAACGAUGUUAUUUAUGCUGUCCCAGACGACAGCCAAAGCCGUGCAGUCAAGAUGCGCCAUCCUGUGGGGGUACAUCAUGGUCACCAAGAGGAUGAGGAGAACGGGUAUGACCAUGUGUCUAAGUGCCAGGCAGGCAGGAGACCUUCGAAGUACAAACACCGUUCCAAGAUUCUGUUCAGCAAGACAAAAGCAUACCACAAUCGUGUUCAUUCUGAUGUUAGUGAUGAGGAAACUGGAUCAGAAAUGCAGAAGAUUUGGAAAGGAAGGGGUCAUCGGGGCAGUGAGGAAGAUCCUCUGCUCUCCCCUGUUGAUCCCUGGAAGGGAGGAAUAGACAAUCCAGCUAUCACAUCUGAUCCUGAGCAAGAUGACAGAAAAGGGAAGAAAAAGAAGCCACAAAAGACCAAGGAAUCCAAGAAGCAAAAAUCAAAGCCCACCAAACCUUUGUACCCGCCCACCCGGAGGAAUUGGGAGAGCAACUAUUUUGGGAUUCCCCUUCAGAACCUUGUCACCCCUGAGAGACCAAUCCCGCUUUUCAUUGAGAAGUGUGUGGACUACAUUGAACGUACUGGUUUGACUACAGAGGGCCUAUACCGUGUAUGUGGAAACAAAACGGAUCAAGACAACAUACAAAAGCAGUUUGAUCAAGACCACAGCAUGGACUUGAUUGCCAUGGACGUGGCAGUCAAUGCUGUAGCAGGUGCUCUUAAGGCCUUCUUUGCUGAUCUGCCUGACCCACUCAUUCCCUACAGUCUGCACCCAGAGCUGGUGGAGGCAGCCAAAAUUGUGGACCACAUAGAGAGACUGCAAGUAUUGAAAGAAAUUGUCAGGAAGUUUCCCCCUGUGAACUAUGAAGUCUUCAAAUAUGUAAUUACUCAUCUAAACAGGGUGAGUCAACACAGCAGAACCACACUGAUGACAGCAGACAACUUAUCCAUAUGCUUCUGGCCUACACUCAUGCGGCCAGACUUUGAGAACAAGUACACUCUCUCCACCACCAAGCUCAACCAGUCGGUCAUCGAGUCCUUCAUCCAACAGUGCCAGUACUUCUUCUAUGGCGGCGAGAUGGUGGAGCUGGCCAGUGCUGAGAAUGGUCCCCCGGCUCACCCUCACAGUAUGGUGGAGGCCCUGGUGCCCUUGCAGCUGCCCCCUCCAUUGCAACCCCAGCAGAUCCAGCACCCAAUGCAACCUGACCCUCUUGUGUAGCCCUCCUUUCCAAAUACCCCAACACCCAAAACUAAGCUUGGGGUCAAGUUCAGAGAGAUUAUCUUUCUUUAAUUGGAACAGCCUAGGUGGAUAAACAACUUCCAGUAACUAAUACCGAAAGAAGAACUUUCAGAAUCCAGCACUCCAUUUUUAUUACUCUGAAAGAAUUUAUGGCAUCUUAAUUCCAGAAAAGUAAUCUUUUUUUUUAAAUGCCGUACUGCAAACAUGUACACCGGGAGUCAUGGGAAUGUAUGCUGGUUUGUGUCUGUGGGGGGUGGGGUGGGGGAGGGUCUUGCUGUUUUGUGAGCCACCUUGCUGAUGCAUGUGUUAUAGGCAAGGCUGUGGUACUGUUUCUGACCAAGAAACUCCAAGAAAGAUAUUUAUACUUUUUUUUUAUUUUAGUUUUUAAAGAUACAGUCCUCUGUAUGCAGUGAACAUCACUCUACAUGUGCAACUGUUCUGAUGGAUGUUUGGUUGUUUGCUUAUUUUGCAUUUUUGGCAGUUCAUUUUUUUAAAUGCUUUUUUCCCCCCCAGAAUGAGCAAAAGACUGACCAGUAACUGGUAGUGUUGUCUCCUUUCCUGGUCUUUCCCAGUGUUGUGCACUGUUUAGGACCCCUAAAAUUUAUUUAAAAAAAGGAAUGAAAGAAAGCCUAGUGUAUCUGACUGAGCUGAAGACUCUCGCAUCGCACCUUUGGUCCUGGUGGAGCAUGGCCUGUGGAAUUCUUUCCAAACCUUCCAAAGGGAACAUCCCACUAUAGAUCCCUUUGUAACACUUCUUGUUGGACACUCAAGCGUUGCAAAGCAGUCUGGGUAUUUUGUUUACUUUUUGUUGCUUUUUUUAAUCAACAUAUUAGUAAUACUUUCUUACAUUAGAGUAAAUUUGAAUAGAUGCUUUGUUUAAGCUAAAUUUGCAUGCUUUCUGCCUCCUAAAAUACAAAGAAAAAUGAUCUUCUACACAAAAGCUUACUUAUUUUCAUUCACAGUUUUCUUUUCCUAACUUGGUUGAGGGGAACAUGAAUAUGGGGCAUUGGGGGAUAUAUGCAUUUUUUUUUGCAAGUUGAAAGUUUUUAUACCCUCCCAUAGUCUUCUCGUUUAAUGUAUCAUAUUUUAACAAACUCAGAGUUAUAGAACAAAACUAUUUUGAUUCAAUGUCCAAUUGUAUGUUUCCCUGAAAAAAGGACACACACAACAUGUACCUGUUUUUGUGUGUGUGUAUGCAUGUGUGUAAUAUAUAUGUAUACAUACAUAUAUACAUAUGUUUAUAUGUGUAUAUAUAUGUAUAUACACACAUACAUUUAUAUAUAUAUAUAUAUAUAAAUAUAUAUGAUUGCUAAUAUAGCAAUAAAUACAAUGAGGUACUGGUGGCCUUUUGGCUCUGUAUAAUCUUGUAAAACAUAUAAUCAAAUUACUUUAUGUGGUAUGAUGUACUAAACCUGAGUUAGAUUGACUCUGUGUACUUAAUUCGCUAUCUUCUGAAUAAAACUCAUAGCUUGUUUUAGACGGUACAGAAUUUUGUUUGUAAAAGAUGCUGCUUAGAAAGUGUUCACAAUAGAAAGUACAGUGAUGUUGGAAUGAUGGGAUGAGGCCUGGUUGGAAACAGGUUUGUGGAUCAUACAGAUGUAUAAAAAGGCUUUGCAAGACUGCGGUUAAUACAUUUCUCAAUAGAAACCAGGGGGAGGGCAAGUCUGCAGCUGCUAGGAUACCUUUUGUGUAGUUUUGAAAAGCAACCUUAUUUGUUCUAUAAGAUCUGCCUCAUUCAAACUGGUGUACAAACUCUUAAGAUUUUAACAUCAUCUGCUAUGUAUAAUAGUAAAUAAAUGAUUUUAAGAAAUUAAUCUUAAGAGUUUGGUUUACUCCAUAUUUUUUCCCUGAAAUAAAAUCUCUUUUUUUCAA